GGAGGCGGGGCCGCGGCGUCCGCGGGAAACCCAGGCUAGCGGCGUUCUGUCAGCUGCCGCCGCCGGAAUGGCAAACCUGGGGAGCGUGGUCCUGCGGCCCUGGAUCCGAGAGCUGAUUCUGGGGUCAGAGGUGCUCUCAAGUCCACGAGCCGGGCAGUUGCUCAAGGUACUGCAGGAGGCCGAGGCCCCGGGCCCAUCUUGCGCCCCUAACGCGUCUGAAGGGGCCGUUCUGCUUGUGUCCGACGGGACCCACAGUGUCCGAUGCCUGGUGACACCGGAGGCCCUGGACAAUUCGAGCUGGGAGGAGAAGGAGUUCGGCUUCAGCGGGGCAGAGGGCCGGCUGCUGCUGCUGCAGGACUGUGGAGUCCGUGUCCAGGUCGCUGAGGGCGGUACGCCUGCGGAGUUCUAUCUCCAGGUGGACCGCUUCAGCCUGCUGCCCACGGAGCUACCCCGAGUAUGGGUGAUUGGUUGCAACCUGGACUUAGAUGUGCAGAAAAAACUCUAUGACUGCCUUGAGGAGCACCUUUCAGAGUCUACCCCCUCCAAUGCAGGCCUGUCACUGACCCAGCUUCUGGAUGAGGUACAGGAGGAUCAGGAGCAUCGGGGAGCCUUAGUGCGCCUGGCUGAGAGCUGCCUGAUUCUGGCAGGCCCUCGCACAGCACCCCGCCUCACCCACUGGGCAGCCUCACACAGCAGGGACACGGAAGAAGCUGUAUACACUGUCCCCAGCGUGUUGCUGCACAUCUCCGAGAAUGACCAGCGAAUUCUGAGUUCUCUGGGUCCAGAGCAAAGGACACAGGGCUCUGAACUGCCCCCACCAGACCCACUUCUGCAGGACCUAUCUCUGACCCAGGUCUCCUCUCUUCCUUCUCCACCCGGUUCCUCAGGAACUCCUGCCAUACCCAGCCAUAAGCCACCAGAGGACAGUGAUGCCAGCAUCAGCCUUCUGCCUGCCCUGUCCAUGGCUGCUCCAGACCCAGCACAGAGGGGUGACACCCAGACCCUACCAGACCCAGCCCCCAGCCCCCCACACUUAAGCUGCUCUCCUAGUCUCUCGCCCCUGGGCCAGGGCCCCAGUCCACAACAGGCUCCUGUAACCAGGGCCCAGAAACCCACCCUGGAGUUCAAGGGGGUAGGGUUGCCUCCCAAGAACCAGCAGCCUUCUCCAAGGACCAGAAUCACCACGAGAGCUAAGGAGCCCUGCCCUGUCUGGGAUCCCCCAAAGAGGCAUCACGAUGGUUCUGCCUUCCAAUAUAAGUAUGAGCCACCCUGCACCUCCCUCUGUGCCCAGGUCCAAGCUGCCAGGCUUCCUCCCCAGCUCAUAGCCUGGGCCUUGCACUUUCUGAUGGAGCCACAGCCAGAUUCCGAGCUAACCCAGGUGUGAGAGGUCACACAGGCAUGGGAGGAUGUGCGCACAUGGAGCCAGGCCUGGGGUGUACACACAGUGCUCUCUACAUGCAGCUUCCUUUGAGUUUUUUAAUAAAAUAAUCUCAUGCGGCAAGAUA